CACAAUUUGUAUCUGAUUAGGUUUGCUCACCCUCACUCUUUUCAUUCAAUCUCCAACAAGAAUGGUAAAAUUUAUUUGGUAAAAAACCAGUAAACUGAUUAAGAGAUGGCACCUCUCGAAGCUCUGGAGCAGGAUUUUCGUCUAAUAGAUUCCAGUUUCCGCAUUUUUUGUGCAGCUCACGGCAUUUUCACUGUUGAAGAUUUUCUUGUGCAUGAUCUCUAUGAACUAGAAGCUUUUGCUGAACGAGACUAUAAGCAGGAAAAGUUGAAACAGGGGAUUAGACAAAUGGUCUCUAUAUUAGAGCACAAGCAUAAGCCUUGGUUAAACGGUAUGGAGUUAUUAGAAGAUGCUGAAGUCAACAAGUGCACUCUAUCGAGUGGGUGGGAAAGGAUUGAUGUUCUUCUGCAAGGAGGCUUACGUGAGGGACACAUAACGGAGCUAGUUGGGCCGUCAUCCUCCGGUAAAACUCAAGUUUGCCUUAAAUGUGCGUCACAUGUGGCAAGAAGCUAUUCGGGCAUGGUGAUGUUCUUUGACACAGGCAACUCAUUCUCAGCGAAACGAAUUGCACAAUUUCUCAGUCUAACAUCAGGAGCUGCUAAUAUUGAAAUAAAGAAGACCGUUCAACAGGUAAUGAGCAGCAUAGUAUGCCAUUCGAUAUUCGACAUGUUCACUCUCUUGGACAUGCUUCGUCAGCUGAAGAAUAAUUUGACAUCUCAGGUCGGUUGUCAGGUCAGGAUGCUUAUAAUUGACUCUCUUUCAUCACUUAUUGCUCCAAUUCUUGGAGGUGGUGGUGUCCAUGGACACGCCUUAAUGCUCACUACUGGAUUCUUGUUGAAGGAGCUUGCAAAUGAGCAUAACCUUUCUGUUUUGGUAGCUGCUUUUAUCCUUUCUUUUGUUCUUGCAAGUAUGAAACAUUCCUAUCUACAAAUUAAUUCUCAUAAUGAUUCGGAAGAUUUGAUCCUUCAGCACUUUAAUGCAGCCUUGAAAUCAAUAUCCCAUAUGUUGACUGCUGAAGCAAAGCUACAGAUUCCCAGUUAAUUUGAUGGUGUAUUUGGAGUGUACGGCUUAUUCAAUGUUCUUAAGAAGUGAGGAAAAAGGAUUACUUUGUGUAGAUGUUGUAUAUUUAUUUGGGUUGAAGAGAUAAAUAGUUCAAGUAAGGUAGAAUUUUAUUUGCUAAUUUAACGGCCAAUGUCAAACUACAGAUGGAGUCUUGAUUUGAAAACUCGUCAGCUCGUCUAUAAAUAGCUGGGAACAUUGUUCCAUGUGUAAUCUAUGUUUGGUGGCAUAUCCAUGAGAAAUUAUAUUUACUCCUAUUGUAUUAAAUGAUACAAAUGAUCUCAGGUGACUAACCAUACAGUGGCUGGAGAGGCUGGUAUCUGUAAACCAGCAUUGGGCGAGAGUUGGAAGAGCAUUCCGCAUGUUAGGCUUAUGCUAUCCAGAAAUCGUGCAACCAAUGGAAGCCGCAUCUCGAUACUUAAACACCCGUAUCUG